AAGAAGACGCAGCACCACGUGACUGACUGGAAAUUUCCAGAAGCCAAGUAAGCUGUUGGUCCCCUCGCUGUGUUGUAGAAAGACGUGGUCAAUCUCGGACAUUUAUCAAACCAGAAACUUUAUUUUCAUCACUUUUUAAAACAUUUUUACGUACUGCUUCGUAAAAGUUGACUGGACUGCACAGUGUGCUGGUUUAUAUCGUCGUCACUUUGUAAUCGGGUUCAACUCAAGCGACCGACCGUCAUCUGCUUGUGGAAGACAAUGACCAAAAGAGACGAGUGCAAUCCAAUGGCCCACAGUUUUGAUAAGUGCAGUCCUUCAUCCCACUGCUCCAGUUCUGGAAGUAGCCCCUCUUCGACUUCUGGCAGCAACAAGGGAAAACACAGGUCUUCAUCAUGCAGUAGUGGUUCCUCCUCUCGUUCCAGAUCCCGCUCGCAUCCUCGUUGCCAUAGACAUUCCCACUGUCGUGGUCAUCGAAAGUACAGUCGUGACCGCCGCCAUCCAUCACGCAGCCACAGGGCACACUCUCGAUCCUACAGCCGCUCACCCUCGCCGGACAGAUACCGCAGACAUUCCAGCUCCAGGUGUUCGUUUGGUUGGAAAAAGAACAGCACCACUCGGAGGCGAUUUGACAGGUUAUCAAAAUCGCCAUCCACAUCCUACAGCAGAUCUUCAGCAUCCUCAGGACGUUCAGGAAGCUUGAGCUUGGAAGAUAAAAGACAACUACUAAAAACGGCAAAGGUCAACGCCAUAAAGCAGCAGAGAGCAGAGAAACUGGAACUUCCUAAACAUGUGAAACCAAUCCUGCCAGAGGAGCCAGAUUGGGGGGAACCAAUUACAGGGCCAUGGGUGAGACCACUCCCUGAAAAGAUGUGGUCACAGAACAAUGAAGUAGAACCAACCAUGGCCACCCUGAAGAUUUUUCCCAAAUCAAAAACCAUCACUUUCAACAUCAAUAACUGUGUGGUAAAGCCAACAGUGACAUCGCCAUCGAGUGCCAGCAUAACUGCCAACGUCGACAGCUACGAAGGCAGGAGGCCCUAUGGCCACUGGAUCCCUGUCAUGUCCAGUGCACGCAAACCAGCACGCUACAAGUCACAUUAGGAUGGGCACUGCAUAUACUGUAAAUACUGUACAUAUGUUAAAGUCUUUUCAUAGGGAUUUUCUUUCAGAUGAUGUGGGAAGAAGUGAGGAUAUCAUUCAGGUGGGAAUAUUUCUUUCCCUUAGUUCUGCAUAUUUGGUUUCAAAUAAAGUAUUUAUUUGAUGUAAA